CAGUGACAUUCCACUACAACAGAGAAAAUUAAGAAAAAAAUAAGGUAGAUUGAAUUCCUCCUACUUUCUCAUCAUCAACUUAAAAAAAAAAAAUCAUGAAAAUCAGAGGCGAAACUAACGUGAUGAGCAGAAAGAAGUCCUCAGCAGAUCCUUCGUCGCCGGCGAGAAUAAGCGGAAAAUCCUAGCCGGAAACCUCACAUUCAUUCUGCUUCUUCAUCUCAAACAAGUUCAGUUCAGGUGACUUUACAUAACAGACCCUUUUCGAAUCUGUAAAGCAUGAGACAGAGAAAGAGUGCUCAUAUUGUGGAUGACAAAGAUAGGCUUGAAAAUCCUAAUGCUUUCGAACGAGAUAAAUCGACAACCUCAAGCUCUAGUCUAACUUUUUCAUCAAGGCGAAUUUUUGUGACUUGUUUGGCUCUGCGUAUGGCAAAUUCUUUACUUGUGCAAACAUACUUUAACCCAGAUGAACAUUGGCAAGCCCUAGAAGUUGCACAUCGUAUUACAUUUGGAUAUGGACAUUUGACAUGGGAAUGGAAAAAAGGGAUUCGUAGCUAUUUGCACGCAAUGGUGUUUGCUUUCCUUUACAGAAUUCUUGCCUUAUUUCAUCUUGAUACCCCAUUGUUCAUGAUUAAAGCUCCACGGCUGUUGCAGUCCCUGUUUGCUGCAGUUGGUGAUCUUUACGUAUACAAACUCUCUCAUGUCCUAUUUGGUGGCCAUGUUGCACAAUGGGCACUCUUUUCACAGUUGACAAACUGGUUUAUGUUUUUCUGUUUCACUCGUACUUUAUCAAAUAGUUUGGAGACUGUUCUUACACUUGUGGGCCUUUACUAUUGGCCCUGUAUAAGAGCUUCUUCUAGUGAAGUUCCCAUGGUUUCAAGAAAGUGGGGAUUGGUUGUAGCAGCAUUAGCAUGUGCUAUUCGACCAACAAGUGCCAUUACAUGGGCUUACGUUGGCCUUUUGGAGUUGCUCGUGGCACGUGAUAGACUAAAGUUCAUUUUUCUUGAGGUGGUCCCUGUUGGGGUACUGGUGCUGACGCUUGCAUGGUCACUGGAUCGUUUGAUGUACGGCUCGUGGGUCCUAGUGCCUCUUAAUUUUUUGAAGUUCAAUUUUCUUUCCUCUGGUGGAGACUACUAUGGAACUCACAAAUGGCACUGGUACUUCACUCAGGGAUUUUCUGUUAUGCUUUUUACUUUCCUACCAUUUUCCAUAGCUGGCAUUAUCCUGUCUAAACAAUGGAAGCUGUCUGGGCUUAUUGCAUGGGUUUUAGGGCUUUACAGUGUACUAGGUCACAAAGAAUUCAGGUUUGUACUUCCUGUGCUUCCAAUAGCUCUGAUGUUCUCUGGGUAUUCGUUAGCAACAAUCGGAAGGUCAGAUUCACCACACAAUAGAAGGAAAGGAUCUCCAAGCAUUCAUACAAAAUGCCCCUCGAAAAAGCAUUGGGUGAUCAUUUUCCUGUUUGCUACCAAUCUUCCAAUGGCAUUAUAUAUGAGUUUGGUUCAUCAGAGAGGAACUGAAGAUGUCAUGAACUAUCUCUCCAAAGAGGCUCGUAAUGAAAAAGUGGAGAGUAUCCUUUUCCUGACGCCUUGCCAUGCCACACCUUAUUACUCUACUCUUCAUCGCAACCUUCCCAUGCGUUUCUUAGACUGUUCACCGAGUGAAGAGAAAGGAGUCCUAGAUGAGUCGGACCGUUUCAUGAUGGAUCCUGUUGGUUUUGCAUCCGAAUUUGCAAAAAAUUGGUCUUUACCAAGUCAUAUCGUUCUAUUUGAUUCACAGGAAAAACUACUCAAGGACUUUCUAAAAUCUCAUUCUUUCCAAGAGAAAAGAAGGUUUUUUCAUGCUCACUUCAAGGUUGACCGAGAUCUUCAAGCAUCUGUUGUUGUAUAUGCUUUCAAAGGCCAGUAAGUUUCACCUUAUAAUGCAUACGAAUCCAGUCUUCAUCACCUGAUCCAUUUGAUACACAUUGAAAAACAUGUUUUCUUUCUUUUGGAUGUUUUAGUCGUUUUUUUUUGCUUUCCACCUACCUUUUCAUCAAUGUCAUAAUGUGGAAAUCAAUGAAGUUUUGAGAGAUCUUCUUGUUUGAAUGCUUCAACAUUUACUUGAUUUUACUGAAUUCUACUGACAGAAGAGUGAACUUUUUUUCCCUUUAGUAAUUUAUUCUUGCUUAGUAAGUGACAA